AUGGCUACUUCAAAUUCCAAAAAACGUUGCUACCCAUCAGGACUUGAAAUUACUUUUAAUGACGAACAAAUCAACUCUGUUGUUGAACACUGGCCUCGCUUUAUCACACUUGAAGCACAGCUCUCAGACCAAAAUUCAAAGCCCCUCACAAAGGUUUCACCUUUUCUUAUUCAAAAGGGAAUACAAGGCAUUAUUGGUACACCAAAAUCUGUUAAAAAGUUGAAAUCUGGUGCUCUUCUUAUUGAAGUCACCAAGAAACAACAUUCAACUUCUUUGUUGGCUUUAAAAAUGUUGGCAGACAUCCCUGUAGUUGGAAAAAUUCACAGUGGACUUAACCAGAGCAAAGGCAUUUUGUUUGACAGAGAUCACGAUCUGGACGACAUUCCUGAACAGGAAAUCCAACAUGAAUUGGAAUCCCAGGGAGUGAUCUCUGUGAAACGAUUCACAAAAAGACGUAAUGAUGUUGUUGAACCAACAAACACUUACUUGUUGACCUUUUGUGUUCCAAAUCUUCCAACCAAUAUUAAAGUUGGACUGUACCAAAUGAAAAUAGAAACAUUUGUACCUAAUCCUUUGCGAUGUUUUAAAUGUCAACGAUUUGGACAUGGGCAAAUGAACUGUAAAGGAUCUGAAGCAUGCUUCAGGUGUGGUGAGGACGGGCAUGAUGGCAAAACCUGUCAAAAUACUCCAAAAUGUAAGAACUGUAAGGGAGAACACAUGGCGUCUUCAAAACAGUGCCCCAUCUGGAAAAAAGAAAAAGAAAUCCAAAAAGUUAAAACUGAGAGCAAAAUACCUUAUCCAGAGGCUAAAAAAUUAGUGAAUUUGUCCAGUGUCCCUAAACCACAAUUGACAUACGCAACUGUUGUUAAGGCAUCCUCUUUGAAGGAAGCAGCUACCCAAGUCUCUGAGAAAGAUUUUCUCAUGAAGUCUACUUCAUCUGAAGCACCUUUGGCAUCUAAUGACAAAGGCAAAUCUACACCACCUGCAUCUGCAGGUCAUGCAGCUAUUGCUGCACAAAAAUCUGUAGCUGUGGCUGCAUCCAAGUCAGAGGCUGCAGGUUCCUCCAAAUCAUCUGGGAGACAAAACAAGUCUCCCAAAAAAAAAAAACACCCAGAAGCAGCCGACAGAUCGGUUGCCCAAAAGGGCGAACGACCUCGUCGCUCUUCACAAUAA